CCCAGCUGACCCCUGGGGCUCCCCCGGCAGCGGACAGGGAAGGGUUAAAGGCCCCCAGCUCCCUGCCCCCUGCCCUGGGGAACCCUACCCUGUGGGGACAUGAACAGUGUUUGCUGCCUGGUUCUGGUCGCGCUGAGCCUGUGGCCAGAGAGAGCUGCUGCCCCAGGGCCACCUCCUGGCCCCCCGAAGGCUUCCCCAGACCCUCGGGCCGAGCUGGACAGCGCCGUGCUCCUGACGCGCUCGCUCCUCGCGGACACUCGGCAGCUGGCGGCGCAGCUGAGAGAGAAAUUCCCAGCCGACGGAGACCACAAUCUGGACUCCCUGCCCACUUUGGCCAUGAGUGCAGGGGCGCUGGGAGCCCUGCAGCUUCCCGGUGUGUUGACAAGGCUUCGGGCAGAUCUGCUCUCCUACCUGCGGCACGUGCAGUGGCUACGCAGGGCGGGAGGCCCAUCCCUGCGGACCCUGGAGCCGGAGCUGGGGGCCCUGCAGGCGCGGCUGGACCGGCUGCUGCGCCGGCUGCAGCUCCUGAUGUCUCGCCUGGCCCUGCCCCAGGCGCCCCCAGACCCGCUGGCGCCCCCGCUGGCCCCACCGUCCUCAGCCUGGGGAGGCAUCCGGGCGGCCCACGCCGUCCUCGGAGGGCUGCACCUGACGCUGGACUGGGCGGUGCGGGGCUUGCUGCUGCUCAAGACUCGGCUGUGACCCGCCCCCCAGAGCGGCCCGCGUCCUUCACCGCCAGACCUUAUUUAUUUAUUUAUUUCGGGACUGGGGGCGUGGCAGCCAGAAGAACCCCCUCUUCCUAUUAUCUCCCCCUAGUUAGAGAUAGUCCCCCUAGGAGACCUGGGUAGGGACACCUGUGCCUUAUUUAUAC